AGUCGUACAGUCAACACCCUGGAUCAGCCUUCCGAACGGUUCAUUUCCAAUGGCUGCUGGAAGUUCAUUACAGCCAUCAUUCGGACGUACCCCCGGAUGAUGACUCAACCGGAGAAUCUACCGGCCUUUGUGCACCAGCUCAGUUGUGGGUUCCACUACGAUCAAGGAAGAGGAUGGCGAGUUGAGUCUUGUGCUUCCAUGUGCACACCCCUAAAGCCGUUGGAAGCCUGCAGUAGCAUUGCGCAUAUCCGCACUUCACGGACGGCCAACCCGGACGGGUUCCUGUGGCAAACCAUUGAUAACGAGCAUCGCCGGCUUAGGUACGAGGUAAGCUUCUCUGGCGGGCUCUCAGAACCGGUCAUAUUCCGUCCACGUCGAAGGAGGGCUGGGAGGGCACCAAAAUACAUUGAAUGAGCUGAAGAAGGGGGUAAGCGGAGAGAAGCUGAUAGUCGAGAUUUGAGUCAGGAUAUCGAGAGAGAGAAUGAGAGGAGGAGACCCAAGCUGUCUCCUCGCAAAAUGUCAAUGGUCAUUUUUUUCUCCAGGACUCCAUUGUCCA